UAGGUGUGGAAAAGGCUUUUGUAUCAACUCAAGUAUGAAGUAUCAUUCACUCUCCAUAUCUUAAUUUAAAAAAGAAACUUGACAAAAUUAAAUGGCUACUCAAAAAGCUUCUUCUCACAUCCGUUCACUCAGUUUGCCAUCCACAUCUCAUCCACUCAAUGCAAGCAUUGAAACUCACUUCCACAGUCUAAGGGCCUCUCAAGCAGCAGGGAAACUCACUUGUUCAUCAUUAUGCCAAAACUUAUGCAACAUAAAAGAUUUGUAUGAGCAGAUGAAUAAUAUGAUUCAUUUGCCACAAAACCAACAUCUUCUUUCUAAUCAACAUCAUAGGAAAGAGGUUGAAUGGGUUCUGGAUGGAUCUCUUGCUUUGUUGGAUGUCUCUAGCUAUGGACUAGAUGCACUUUCACAAAUGAAAGAAUCUAUUCUAGAUAUCAAAUCAGCUCUCCGUAGGGGUAACAACGAUGUAGGAAUCCAUGCAUUUCAGGUUUCGAGAAAGAAAAUCUGCAAGCCGCUCUCCAAGUGCCUUGCAAACAUGAAGAAAACUGACAACAAGUGUGCCCUGCCACAACCUGAAGAUUCCUCUGUUAUUGUAAGAACACUGAAAGAGGCUGAGACAAUCAGUCUGUUAACUUUGAAGUCAGUUUUCUCAUUUGUGAUGGGGAAGAAAACAACCUCUCAGACUCAGACACGUGGCUGGUCCUUGGUUGCUAAACUUGUCAAGUCUAAGCAUGUUGUUCGCGAUUCUGAAAGUGAUACUGAAGUAGUAUGUAUUGAUAAUGCCCUGAAUGCUCUUUCAGAUAACCAUUCAAGUGCUGAAACAAAGGUUGUGCUUAGGCAACUAGAGAUUUUAGAAAAGGUUAUCCUUCAACUCGAGGAUGGCUUGGAGUCUAUCUCUAGAUGCUUUGUUAAAACACGAGUUUCCCUUCUCAAUUUAUACAACUAAUUAGAAUCCUUAAUUACAUGCCAACAAUUUUGUAGAAUGAUCAGGAAAUUUUGUAUUUAUCUUGAAACAAUUAAAGAAUAGAAUUGAUACUAA